ACUUGAGGAAUUCUGCGAGCCCUGGAGAGUACAAGUCGAAGAUAGCCAUCCCAUCGCCACAGCUCUCUCCAGCCUCCACCUGAACCUCCGCCUCCAUUUUUUUUUUUCCUCUCAUCUGUUUGGCAAGGGAGUUUAUCUCGUUUAAAUCUCUUACAUUCCAGAAAAUCCAUGGCUCCGAAGCCCAAAGACAAACUGAAACCUUCUCCUUCGUCAUCACAGCCUCCCCCCGCCAUCGAGGAUCUCUUUACUUCCCUUAGCAAACACAUCCAGCGAUCUGAUUUCGAACAGGCUGCCAAAGUCGCCGAUCAAGUUCUUUCGAUCGCACCCGGUGAUGAGGACGCGAUUCGGUGCAAGGUUGUGGCGUUGAUUAAGGACGAUAGGAUCGAGGACGCUUUGUCGAUGAUUCAAUCCUCCCAGAAGGUUCCGUUCGAUUUUGGUUUCUUCAAGGCAUACUGCUUAUACAGACAGAACAAACUCGAUGAAGCUUUGGAGUCUUUGAAACGUCAAGAGGGUAAUUCUGCAACAAUGCUGUUAGAGUCUCAGAUUCUGUAUCGUCUGGGAAAAAUGGAUGCUUGCAUGGAUAUCUAUCAGAAGCUUCAAAAAUCCAAGAUUGACUCCAUAGAAAUAAACUCUGUUGCUGGUUUGGUUGCCUCUGGGAGGGCGUCUGAAGUACAAAGAAUGCUGGAUACACUUAGGGUCAAAGCAACUAGCAGUUUUGAGUUGGCAUACAACACUGCGUGUUCUCUAAUUGAGAGGGGCAUGUACACAGAUGCGGAACAACUCUUGCUGUCAGCCCGAAGAAUUGGCCAGGAAACACUCUUGGAAGACAACUUGCCUGAUGAUGAAAUAGAGAUUGAAUUGGCUCCUAUAGCUGUCCAGUUGGCCUAUGUUCAGCAGCUCCUUGGUCACAAACAAGAGGCCAUACAAGCUUACACAGACAUUAUAAAACGAGAUGUGUCAGAUGAAUCAUCACUAGCUGUGGCAGUGAACAACCUUAUUGCAUUGAAAGGUUCGAAAGAUGUUUCUGAUAGCCUAAGGAAACUUGAUCGGCUGAAAGAGAAAGAUUUACAGAACUUCCAUCUUGCUCGUGGACUUGACUUAAAACUUUCUCUAAAACAAAGGGAAGCAAUAUAUGCAAACAGAGUUCUUUUGCUUCUCCAUGCAAAUAAGCUUGAUCAGGCCCGUGAACUCGUUGCGGCACUGCCUGACAUGUUUGCUGACAGUGUCAGGCCCAUCCUGCUUCAAGCUGCUGUUUUGGUUAGAGAGAACAAGGCUGGAAAGGCUGAGGAAGUAUUAGGGCAGUUUGUCGAAAAGUACCCUGAUAAGUCCAAGGUGGUUCUCCUUGCUAGGGCGCAGGUUGCUGCUGCUGCUGGCCAUCCUCAUAUUGCAGCAGAGUCCCUGGCUAAGAUACAUGAUAUCCAGCACAUGCCUGCCACCGUUGCAACCCUUGUGGCUCUUAAGGAGCGUGCUGGAGAUAUUGAUGGUGCAGCUGCAGUGCUCGACUCUGCAAUCAAAUGGUGGUCAAAUGCCAUGACUGAGGACAAUAAGCUCAGUGUGAUAAUGCAAGAGGCUGCUUCCUUCAAGCUCAGGCACGGCCAUGAAGAGGAUGCUGCCCAAUUGUACGAGAAGCUCGUAAAAAGCCAUGGAAACAUAGAAGCAUUGGUUGGGCUGGUAACAACAAUGGCUCAUGUGGAUGUUAAUAAGGCGGAAGCUUAUGAGAAGCAGCUGACGCCAUUACCCGGUUUGAAGGGGAUCGAUGUGGAUAGUUUGGAGAAGACUUCUGGGGCAAAACAUGUUGAGGGUGCUUCUCAUGUUGGGGUCAGUGAGGCACUGGAUGAGGGUAAGAGUAAGGCAAAAGCAAAGAAGAAGAGAAAGAGAAAGCCAAGGUACCCUAAAGGGUUUGACCCAGCUAACCCAGGUCCUCCACCAGAUCCAGAAAGGUGGCUCCCUAAGAGGGAGAGGUCGAGUUACAGGCCAAAGAGGAAGGAUAAGAGGGCGGCGCAGGUGAGAGGAUCACAGGGUUCGGUGACUAGAGAAAAGCAUGAAGCAGUUGGUGUGGGAUCCAGUUCAUACGUUUCAAAUUCAAAAGCUAACCAAGCGGGUGCCUCCAAAGGAGCUGCUGAGCAAUCCAAGCCUCAAUCCAAGUCCUCAAGGAAGAAGUCUCGGAAUUAAUUAGGAGAAUUCAUAAAUUUCGGAUGGAAUUUUUGAGUUGAUGAAAGUUUUCGAACUUUUUUUUUUUUUUGGGUUCAUCAGUAGGGGUUAAAGCCAAAGAUUUUGGUAAUUUACUUCCAGCCUCUGCCCUGAGCUGUUCGGAUUUAGUCUUGAUUUUUGCCUCUUCUUUAUCCUUGCAUUUUUUUCACCCAAACAAAUGCUACUCACAUUAUCAUCAUGUGCCAAAUUAAACAAAUUUGCAGCAUGGCUUGCUUAGCAAUUGCCAGUGACAA